AUGGAGUUAAUCAUAGAAAAUGCAACAAAGAUUGGUUCACGGAUUAAGGAGCUCUUGAAUGAUAAAAAAUAUGGUCGAGAUGCUAAGCGUCUCUUACAAGAUUCUGAGGAUCUUUACUCUAUGGCAAAGGAUGUUACAAAACAAGCAAUUGAUCACUUCAAAUCUAAGGAUUACCAUGGAGCUAGUAGUUUAGUUGAUUCAGCGCAAGUCGCUGCAACAACUUGUGAAGAUGGGUUCAAGGCGGCCGGCUUAAAAUCGCCUUUGAUAGCAGAGGACAAUUAUGUUAUUCGGUUAACUUCAAUUGCAAUUACUAUUACUAAAAUUGUCCAUUGA